AUGAAGACGGACUUGGUGGGGAUCUCAGGCCAAAAGGAAGAGGCCAGCAAAGGGAAGGAGAUGCAUGGCAUAGAGUCAUUGAACAGGCGAGGCAGCUUGGACUCCAACAGGGAGGAGGGCAGAGCCACUCUCAUCCUGACCCUCACCCUCUGCAACGUGAGGAAGAUUGAGCUCUCUAGGGCAGCGAAAGUCUUUGAGAUGUUUGAAACCCAGAUCCAUCACUUUGAAACCAGAGAAGCCAAAAAGUCCAAGAACUCUGCUGAUGAUCUUGACAUUUUUGUUGAAUGUGAAGUUCACAGUGCUGACGUUAGUAUCCUUAUCACCUCCCUAAAGAGAGUAGCAGAGGAUGUGAAAACUAGCAGAGAAGACAAAGUGCCCUGGUUCCCCAGAAAAAUCCAAGAUCUGGACAAGUGUCACCAUCUGAUCACUAAGUAUGAUCCCAGUUUGGACCAUGGUCACCCUGGAUUCACUGACCUGGAGUAUAAGAAGCGGAGGGCAUUCUUUGCUGACCUUGCUUUUAAUUACAGAGAAGGAGACCCUUUGCCUCACAUUGAGUACACAGCGCAGGAGACUGCAACUUGGAGAGAAGUCUACAGGAAGCUGAGCAGCCUUUACCCUACUCAUGCCUGUACACAGUACCUGGAUGCUUUCCAGCAGCUGGAGAAAUACUGUGGCUACCAAGAGGAUAACAUACCUCAACUUCAGGACGUCUCCAGAUUUUUAAAAGAAAGAACAGGUUUCCAGCUGAGACCAGCUGCAGGACUGCUGUCCGCUCGUGACUUCCUUGCCAGCCUGGCAUUUCGUGUCUUCCAGAGCACACAGUAUAUAAGGCAUUUCUCUUCUCCUAUGCAUUCCCCAGAACCAGACUGCUGCCAUGAGUUGUUGGGUCAUGUUCCCAUGCUAGCUGACAAGGAGUUUGCCCGGUUCUCACAGGAUAUUGGACUGGCUUCUCUUGGAUCAUCUGAAGCAGAGAUUGAGAAACUGGCCACACUUUAUUGGUUCACUGUGGAGUUUGGUCUCUGCAAGCAAAACGGAUCCAUCAAAGCUUACGGGGCAGGACUGCUUUCAUCUUAUGGGGAGCUUAUGUACGCUUUAUCAAACAAGCCAGAGUACAAGCCUUUUGAUCCAGAAGUGACUGCAGUUCACCCGUAUCAGGAUCAAGCCUUCCAGCCUGUCUAUUUUGUAGCAGAAAAUCUGGAAGAUGCCAAGGCCAAGCUUCAAAACUACAUGAUGAAGAUCAAGAAGCCCUUUUCUCUGCACUACGACCCAUUCACCAGCAGCAUAGAGGUUAUGAACACACCUCAGAAAGUCAAAAGGGCACUCUGUCAAAUGAAAGAGGAACUGAAAGACCUCUGCUUGGCCCUCGAAAACCUCUCUUAA